AUGGCUGCCAUGCACUACUCGUCCUCCUCCAUGUCUCUCGCUCUGCUGCCGCUACUGCUUGCAGCCGCACUGGCUCCCUCUCUGGCUUCAGCUUCACCUGCCCUCGACAAUGGCGAUGAGCUGCUGAUGCUCGGGAGGUUCCAUGGGUGGAUGGCGGCGCACGGCCGGUCCUACGCCACCGAGGAGGAGAAGCUGCUCCGGUUCGAGAUAUACCGGAGCAACAUGGAGUUCAUCGCCGCGGCGAACCGGGACAGCCGGAUGAGGUACCGCCUCGGCGAGACCCCGUUCACCGAUCUCACCCACGACGAGUUCAUGGCCAUGUACGGUGGCAACGGCGGCGAUCCGUCGGAGAAGGAGGAGAUGAUGAUCACCACUCACGCUGGCCCCGUCCACGAGGGUGGCGUCCAUCGCAGUGACCUCCAGCUCGCCGCCGUUGAUGAAGAAGAGCCGCCGCGUCGUCCCAACCCGACAACGCUGCUGCCUCCGAGCGUUGAUUGGAGGGCCGAAGGCGUCGUCACGCCAGUCGGGUUCAAUGGAUGGUGCUCGUCUUGCUGGGCGUUCGUGGCGGCGGCGACGAUAGAGAGCGCGCAGGCGAUCAGCACCGGUGACCCGCCGCCGGUGCUGUCGGAGCAGCAGCUGGUGGACUGCGACACGCUCGACAAGGGCUGCGGCGGUGGAUGGAUGGACACGGCCUUCAAGUGGGUGAUCCAGAACGGCGGCAUCACGUCGGCGGCGGCGUACCCCUACACGGACAGGAACGGCACCUGCCAGGAGGGGAAGCCGGCGGAGGUGACGCUAAGCGGCUACAAGCGGCUGCCGCGCGGCGACGAGGCGGCGAUCAUGGAGGCGGUGGCGCGGCAGCCCGUGGCCGUGGCCUUCGACCACAACGACCCCUGCUUCCAGCACUACAUCGACGGCGUGUACGACGGCAAGUGCUUCGCGUCCGGCGUCUAUGUUGGCGGGGCAUGCGGGACGAACCAGACGCAUGGGCUCGCCCUCGUCGGGUACGGCACCAUGCCCGGCGGGACCAAGUACUGGAUCGGCAAGAACUCGUGGAGCGCCAGGUGGGGCGACAACGGCUUUGUCUACGUGCUCAGGGACUCGCCGCCCUUGGGCUUGUGCGGCCUCGCCGUGCGCCCCAGCUUCCCUAUCAUCUGAUCGAUCACCGGCCAGACCCCCGGCCGGUCGAUCGCCAUGCACCUCCGAGCCAUGCAUGAUCUGUGUGCCUCUCGAUCCAGAAUAAUGGUGUGUACACACGCCCUGCGUGUCUAUAUACAGUAUGUAUCGUUGCAAAGAUUAUAUAGGGUGCUGACAUGCAUCCUAGCUUGCUUAUAAAUAAACAAAUAAGGGAGGUGUUUUUUAUCA